AUCAUUCUGAGCAGUAUCUUGUACUUUAUCAGCACUGUAACGAAUUGAAUAUAAUUUUGUUCAGUGAACUAGUUUAUGUUGGAGUAUCAUCUAGAACACAACAUUCAAGCUGCAGAGGGUAAUAAAAGAUAAUUGACUAUGUUGCCGUUCAAAGCCUUAAAUCAAUGCCGGCGGCAAUCUGUUGUUCAAAUUAUCAAUGAAGAACGAGGAAUAUCAGAAGAGGGAAAUUCCAAAGCAGCUCUCCAAGCAGAAGGAAAAUAUUCUGCGGUUGUGAACCUUGAGCAUGAUGCAACUGACAACAAAAAUGUUGCAGAUGAAGAGGCUGGAAUGCAGAAUUUGAAAGUACCAAAUAAUUCUUCCGAGACUGAUCAGGGAGUCACUGACCAAGUCAAAUGCUCUUCAAAAGGCACAGAUGACAAGUCACUUCUGAUGAGAGAGCUCACCAGUGACCUAUCACAGGAAGCAGGGAUUGAUAAUAAUCUGGAGAUAACAAAUAUAGAGAACAAAACUGAUGUUUCAUUAAGUUGUGGGGGCAAUACUUUACAAGUCUCUGAACAUGUUAUUGAAUAUGAGUCCAGCUUAAAUUCUGAAUCCACAUCCACCAACUGGAAAACUGAAAGUAUCCCUAUUGAGGUUGAAAACAAUGGAAGUUUUGAUGAUAGCAAGGGAAAAUUUCUCUCUGAUGAUAGUUUAUUUUUCAUGAGAGUUACUGUGGUAGUUUCUUUCUUAUCAGUCGCUGCGUUUGGAAUGGCUUUAACUACUUUGUUUAUGAUCAGCCAUUAAAAAUGUAUAAAAAAGAGGAGUACAACUGGUUUAUAGAGUGUGAAUUGGUCUUUAAGGAAGUGAAGAAAUUUAAAUUAUAGCCCAAUAAAAAUGUAUCAUAACAUUUUAUUAACUUAACCAAAAGUUUUGGAUAUUUUUGAAAUUACCAUUUUAAAAAUACUUAAAUAAGACACAAGUUUAUAUCUGCUAUCUAGCUGUGACAUGACUUCUUUGAACCUUUCACCAUUUUCAAUAGGGUAGAAAGGGAGAAGUGCUGUAUUUUCACAAUUGUAUAGCAAUGGAAAGAACAGUUUUUUUUUAUAUAUUAUUGUAAAUGAGAUUGUUCUGUAAAAUAUUAAAUAAUAAAAUAGUAGUGAAAGAAAAUAUAAAAGA